AAUUUCUAAAAUAGAUUUCCAGCGUCUGCAUUAGAUAAAAAAUAAAAAAGGAAUAAAUAAAUAUAAAUACCUUUCAACGCCAGUAAUAAGAUAUCAAUUAGUUUCUUGGAAUUGAUAUGGAAGGAAAUAUAUAUACAACAAAUGACACUUUUGCAACAGAAACAAAUUCAACAAAGAGAAAUAGCUCAAAAGCUAUUUAGAGCGUUUCAUAGACGACUGUUACUACGUGAUUUAACCACAAAAUUUUAUAAAUAUUUGAGAGGGCAAGAGUAAUCCACUAAUCGCAGAAGCAACGGAAGCGUUAUCAGCUGGCUCACGAGUUAGGGGUUUAAAGUAAAAUUUGUUCGGUUACCGUAGGGGCAAGUGCAUAACUUUGAUUUACCCCUCUCGUCGCGUUUAACUCAUAUGUUGUAUCCAAUAAUCAAAUAUUCAAGCUAAUGCAAAUAAAUAUUUUGCUAAACAGAUUUAUAUUACAACAAAAUUAACUUUUAAAAGUGUAAUAAUUUCAAAUAUGAUAAAAGUGGUAAAACAGCUGCAGAACCACUUAAAAUAGUUCAGCACAUUUAUAUACAAUUGCGAUGACAACGGGAAAGAGCAGCUGCAAUCGAAGUGCAAGAUAAAGAAGAAAUAGUGCAAAGUGUAAAUCAAAAGACAUAUCCACUGCAGAAAAUAAGGCCCCUGUCAAGGUUAAAUUGAAGGCAUAUACUCUUUGGAGGUCAAAGAAGAAUAGUAUUUCAGGUUUUAACAAGUGUAUAAGAUGUCAGGUUGAAUAGCUUACUUAAAACGAUCACAUCAACAAAAAAACAAAAAAAUAAAUAAAAAUCGAAAGUUGAAAUUGUUGAAAUUUAAUUAUAAAAAUGGAAAAAUUUCCACAGUGUGCCAUUUGCGGUACAAUGCAGCAAUUGUUGCGUUGCGCCAAAUGUAAGUCGAUUUUUUACUGUUCCACUGCACAUCAGCAUAUGGAUUGGCCCAUGCAUAAGCAGUCUUGCCGUAUGUUAGCCAAACAAAGAAAUGAAAAUCGCAUUCAACAUCUGCAACAGGCUGUUGCUGCCACAACAUUAAGCAAUACAAUUCCGCCAUCAAUGCCCACAACAAGCAGCGAUGUUGAUGCUGGUCACCAUCGCUGGACAACAUCCACGAAUGAUAUGGCUGUUAUAGGCUUUGGACUACUAGGCGGUAACGAAAGUGCUGAAGUUGAUCCUAGCAUACUAACUGCAGUACCACCCAUGGCUGUGAUGAUGGGUAACAAUGACAAUGGCAUUGCAUACAACCAGACAAAUGGAUUGGCUAACGAGUCAAACCCCAAUCAAAUACCAGAUACAGGUGGUACAGUGAACGGUGCUGGUAUUAUGCAAAACAAUACGUCAUUAUGCAUGCAACCGCAAUAUCACCAUGUAGAUCAACGCUUGCUAUCCCCGCAAUAUCAUCAACAACAACAGCAAUUAAUGUACCAACAGUUGCAGUGUCAACAAAUAUCGCCAUCGCAUGCACCAUAUACAGCAAACCUUACCAACCAUAAUACACAUCAUCAUUAUGAGAAAAGCAUAAGCUGUCAAGUUGGAAGCGGAGGUGGCGUGGACGAAAACGCUUUUGGAAAUGCAAAUGAGCGCCGCUAUGACGAAUUAUGUCGAAAUAUUAUCAGCGACAUGAAUCAGUACGGUUUGUCGGUGGUCGAUGAUUUUCUAGGCGUCGAGAAGGGCCUGCAGAUUCUCAAUGAAGUGCAUCGCAUGUAUUCAGCUGGUGUCUUCAAAGACGGUCAACUGGUCAAUAAUUUGCGAGAAGAAGAGUUGCGCACGAUACGCGGCGAUAAGAUAACGUGGGUUAAGGGCGUAGAACCAGGCUGUGCAAAUGUUGGCUAUUUGAUAAAUCAGAUUGACGCGGUCAUUUGUCGGGCAAACACAAUGAAGAACAAUGGUCAAAUGGGCAACUAUAACAUUAAAGAGAGAACAAAGGCUAUGGUGGCUUGCUACCCGGGUUCCGGCUCGCAUUAUGUGGUGCAUGUCGAUAAUCCGAACAAAGACGGUCGUGUUAUAACGGCCAUUUACUAUUUGAAUGUUAAUUGGGAUACGGACCGCAGUGGUGGCAUUUUACGAAUUUUCCCAGAGCACGGUAAUUCAGUUGCUGACAUCGAGCCGAAAUUCGAUCGUCUGAUCUUUUUCUGGUCCGAUAGGCGGAAUCCCCACGAAGUACAACCCUCACAUCGUACCCGCUACGCCAUCACUGUGUGGUAUUUCGACGCGAACGAACGCGAAGCGGCGCUGAAUCGCAUUAAAAACAACAAAAAUAAUGCCAAAUCAACAACAAAUACAACAGCGAGGGCGUCGGCGUCGGCGCCUACGAAUAUGCACGACAACUCGAGCACAACGCAUACAAAUCCGCAAUUGAACACCAGCAAUGCGUCGGCGGCGACAAUAGCAACAACAGCAGCAGCACCAGCAACAACGGCAACAGCAACAACCACGCCAACAAUGCCAACACCCGCAAAUACCAAAAUGGUUGCGAAUUCGACUGCGACCAUAAACAACAGUAAAUGCGCGAGUAUAAACAACGCGACGGCGAAUAUGGGCGAGCACCACCACACGAACAGUAACAGUGCGGUGCUUGCGAAUUCGAGUGAAAUUUGCACGUAACACCGCAACCAGCUAUUGUUGUUGUUGUUGUAAAGAGAAAAAGCUGGUCUGCGUGCUGUAGCGCGCGUGUUUCUUGUGUUUGUGUUUUUUGUUUUGGUUUUAUAAGUUUUUGUAAUUUUUUCGAUUUUUUGUUUGUUGGCCGAUCACUUAAGCGUUGGCUGAAGGCAAGCAACGAUUUUAUUUUAAUUCUGUGCGGAAAUGCUAUAAAUGCGUAGGAGCAUAGGAAAAGAACAACAACAAAUUGGAAAUGCAAAAAAUAUUAUCCAGAACUAAGACAUUUGUAUGUACGCUGGAAGUAUUACAUAAACGAAUGUAAUGUAAAUAUAUAUGUAAUUCACUAGAAGUAAGCACUUUGGCUUCAUAGCUUAGGUAAAAAGAAAGCUGAAUGAAAUAUUUGUAUUACAUACGUCUACUAUAUAUUAUAUGUAUACAAAUAUGUACGAAUAUUCAUAUAUAUGUAUGUAUGUAAUGCAAGCAAACAUCUGCGCCUACGCCUGAAAUGUGAUAAAAGAAUGAAACAAUUUGAGAAUGCAUUCGAGUGGUGUAAAACGCUGUAAAGCCGCUAACUAAAUGCUAGUGUAGAGCUGUCUGUUAACAAUUAGUGUUUGUAAAAAAUGUAUUGACCAGCAGUAUAUCUGUAUGUAAACACAUGUAAAUUAGUGUAAGUAUUAGGCGUUUGUGAAUUUUCUACACAAAAUGCAGUUGUAUGCAUACAUAUACUUUUAUAUACAUAUGUACAAAUAUUAGGGUGUCCAUUAUUCGAUUUGUUGUUUGCAAAUGCUUCCUAAAUUUUUAUUCAUAUAGUACACCAUGUCGUAUGAGCAAUACUGUAUGUGUAACUCACUUGUAUGAACGCUCAGGUCGUUUGAUGUAUAAGUUUGCAUAAAGCUUUCAAAGGAAUGUUGUUAUGAAAAAGAUUAUGUAGCUGCUAUUUUGGAGAUUAGAAGAUUUGAAAUUGGAAUAUCACUUUUUCGAUUCAAUUUAAAUUGUUAAUUAAGAACUUUCUCCCAUAUUACGGAUUUCAACUCCACUCGGUUGAAUUGAGUUCAGAUUAACCCAACUCUUUUUUUGAGAUAUUGAUAUUUAACUAUUUUCAGUUGAAGUUUGCUUGGUGUUGCCAACCUAAAAAAUAAAGAUUUUACAGAUAAUUAAACAACUGAAAAUAUUAAAAAAAAAAUAAUUUAAUUUAGUUAUUGCUCACGAAAUGGUGAAUAAUUAGUAAAACGGGCAUUAGUUUUGAUUACCGGUAGAUAUAAAGAAUGCAGUUUAAAUGAUUUUAGUCAAAUCAACUUGCGACAUCUAUGGCUGUAGCCAAACCUGCUUUUAAAUAUUAUAAACUCUAUAUUUAUGCGUUAUGUAUAAAACAUCAAUGAAGAAAAUUAAAAAAACACUUAAAAAGUUAAUUUGACUCAAAAAAUGUAGUCCUAAGAGUAGUAGAUUACAUCGAAGCUUUAUCUUUAAAACACUUCCCUUAAUUUUAUUUUAAUGUUUCCAAUUUGUGGCUUGUUUUAUCUAGUUUAAUACCGAAUUUCAAAACGUCAAUCAAAUGUAGUUGGGUUCAAAUGAAAACCGUAAUAGGAGCCUGCAAAAACAGAAAAAAAAAUUAACUUGAGAAAUAAUAGACACCCUAAUAUAUAUUUAUGUGCGUAUAUUGUGCUCUUUCUACAUAUGUAUUGCUGUGAACAUAUAUAUAAAUGGUAUAUAUAACUGGUGAAUAUAACUGAUUAUGCUAAUUAGUUAUGCAAAUAAUUUUGUGCUGAUAAUAACAAUAGGCAUAUUCGCUUAGUAAAAGCCUAAUUUCUUCAGUAGUAUUUCAAAAUGAUGA